AUGGCAUCCGAUGCGAUUCAGAAGCCCCUGAAUAUCGACCUUUCGCGUUCCUCAAUGGAGUCGCCCCCAGGAAUCGCGGCCUUGUUCGUCAUCUCUUUCGACAUUCGCACCGGAUACGUGGUGUCAUGGAAACGAACCACCCCGGGAGUUGAGGUCGAAGGGGUGGUGGAAUACAAGUCGCUCCCUUCGGGACUGCACAACGUCACAGAGGACCUGGUGUACUUCGUUCAUGACCAGUAUGCUGGUAUCAGCGCGUUCCUCAACCGUCCCGCUGCCGAGGCAGAGCGCAAUGCUAGGAUGUUUGCCAUUGGAGUUCUGGUGCCCCUGAGCUUUGGGAGACUGGGGAAAAGCUGGAGACAUGCUCCCAAGCUGAAGGAGUUGGCGAUGAGAUACGCAGCGGAUAUGUCAGACACGCAACCAUUAUCGGACUACUGGGACAGCUUUCGAUUGGGAGACACAGAGGCUGCGCCAGUGGAUUCGCCGGUUGAGUCACCAUUGAGCCUUCGAUUCCGACCGGAAGAUAGACCGGACAAUCGCAAUCGCGCAUUUAGUGAUGCGAUGGUGUUAGAGACGUUCAGGCCGGCCUUGACGCCUUUCCACCCCGCUUCUUCACUUCCAGAUUUCCUUGAUUGCUUUGGACCUUUAAUCUUCCCAUUGUACAGGGCGGCACUCUUGCGAAAGCGAAUUCUCUUCAUGAACGAAGCGCCGGUGCAUACACCCUGCAAUUAUGUGUAUGAUCUAUCGCUACUGGCAUCUCUUCCAAACUCUCUUCUCCAGACGCUUCCGACUGAUCGCACCCCACCGUUGCGACCCCGCCCCCUAUUCAACGUUGGCAUUCAUGAUAUCCCUUUCCUCUCCUCCUUUGAUCCCUCUCGGGCAACUAUGGAUCCUGAGACAGACCCCAGCUGGAUUGCUUGCUCGACUGAUAGUGUCCUGACCAUGAAGCCCGAGCUCUAUGAUGCUCUCGUUACCCUCCCCCCACCUCAUGCCCAGCAAGCCGCUGAACGAGCCUUCCCUACAAUCAGCUUAAUGGACCCUUCGAGCACCAAGCACAACUCGAACCAGAAGGUUCAACUGAAAGCAACUCAACGCGAUGCUCGCCGAUAUUCUAUGCUCCGAAAAGGCCUACGCCAGUUCUCCCAGGACCAAUCUUCAGAUAACAGCUCCGAUGCCGAGUCAACUUACUCAUCAAGUCAUAUCGUAGAACCUCUGUCCUGGACUCGACUCGCCUACACCUCUUUCAUCUGGUGGGCAUCUGCCGGUGAAAAUCGUGACGGUCUAUCCGAAGAAGAAUCGGAACAGCAGAUUGAACAAGACGCCCGACUCCUGGCAAGCGUGGAGAGUCUUGCAUACCCCGGCCCGGGCUCAGCCCGCCGCCGCUCUAUCCAUCUUGAAGACCCCGGUCAGGAGCCCGCGGAAGUCGCGCUGGUAGCUUAUUUCCGCCGUCUCACGACCCAGAUCUUCUACACACUUUCUGGCGCCAUUGCUCGUCAUGAUCACGACGGCGAAACGGAUGCCUAUGCCGAUACACCGUACCUCGAUGACCCUGCUGAGGAUGAGACAGACCUGCCCCUCUCUAACUCCCGUCAAUCUUUCCACAGCGAUGAUGGUGAAACUCCCCUCUUGCGUCAGAGGUCACAUGUGAAUUCCUCCGGUCGCCACGAGUCAGCUUCGAUACACAGUACACAAGAUACGGAAGAUCCGAUCGCUAUUACUGUUGCUGACAUGGCAGAGAUGGGUCUUGACGUGUGGAGCGCCACUGAUCGCAUCUUCGUCGAGGAACUUGUUUUGCUUUGGUGGGGACGUUCGGCCUAUGUUGAUAGCGCUCGUAUCAGGUGCUGUGGCAUCUCAAUAUUGUAG